UGGUGUCUGUUACAACCUAGAUACAAACAUAUAAAAGCCAGCCCCAUGGGUGCUUUGGCCAGUCGUCGAACAUCUUUGGAACAGUUGUCAGCUCAGCGCUAAGAAAAAUCAAAAUGGCAUUUGCUGGUAUUCUCAAGGACGAUGAUGUGGCUGCAGCCCUUAAGGAGUGCGCUGCUGCUGACUCCUUCAACUACAAGAGCUUCUUCGCCAAGGUCGGCCUGACCGCAAAGACUCCUGAGGACAUCAAGAAGGCAUUCUUCAUCAUUGACCAGGACAAGAGUGGCUUCAUUGAGGAGGAUGAGCUUAAACUGUUCCUGCAGAACUUCUCUGCUGGCGCCAGGGCGCUCAGUGAUGCAGAGACAAAGGCCUUCCUGAAAGCUGGAGACGCUGAUGGUGAUGGCAUGAUUGGAGUUGAUGAGUUUGCGUUGCUUGUAAAGGCCUAAGCAUUCAUUGACCCAUCUUUGGAACCAGAGCUCUGUUUAUCUAUCAUCUUUUUUAUAUUUAUUUAUGAACGCCCUGCAAACUCCUUGCAAAGAACGCACGCUCAAUGUCUUGAAAAGCUAUUUAUUAUUAAUGUUGUUUCAUUGCAUUGUAUUGUUCUGUAAAAAACUACUGUGUGCAAACUUACAACCUCUUUUGCACUUUAAGGAAAUAAAAAUACAUUUGAUUUAAAACAACA